AUGGAGGUCGCUCGUACCUCCAUGAUCCAUGCGGCUGCCCCCCAUUUUCUGUGGCCGUUUGCGGUCCGGUACGCCGCGCAUCAGCUCAACCUCUGGCCCCGUGUCUCCUUGCCGGAGACCUCGCCCACACUGCUGUGGACAGGGAAGGUUGGCGAUGCGUCGCGUUUCCGGGUCUGGGGUGCUCGUGCCUUUGUCCGCGAUACCACUGCGGACAAGCUCUCCGCCCGCGCUGUUCCUUGUGUCUUCCUUGGCUUUGUCCCUGACGCGCCUGGUUGGCAGUUUUACCACCCCACCUCGCGCCGUGUCUUCCCCUCUCAAGACGUCACGUUCGACGAGUCGGUUCCCUUUUACCGUCUCUUCCCCUACCGCACUGCCCCUCUCCCCUCCCCGCCGCUCUUCCUCGCUCCAGGUGCUCCCCAGGUAGACCCCCUCCCCACUCCCGGUCCUGCUCCUUCAGGUGUGUCUCAGGUAGACCCUCCUCUCUUGACUGUGCCGGUUGAGGUCACUGGUGACUCAGGUCCUGCUGAGGGUGGUCCUGCUUGGGGUGUUGUUUCUGGGGGUGCUGAGUCUGGGGGUGCGGAGCCUGGGGGUGCUGAGCUUGGGGGUGCGGAGCCUGGGGGUGCUGAGCCUGGAGGUUCUGGAGCUGUUAAGGGUGCUGGCGCUGGAGGUUCUGGAGCUGCUGCGGGUGCUGGCGCUGGAGGUUCUGGAGCUGCUGCGGGUGCUGGCGCUGGAGGUUCUGGAGCUGCUGCGGGUGCUGGCGCUGGAGGUUCUGGAGCUGCUGCGGGUGCUGGCGCUGGAGUUUCUGGAGCUGCUGCGGGUGCUGGCGCUGGAGGUUCUGGAGCUACUGCGGGUGCUGACGCUGGAGGUUCUGGAGCUGCUGCGGGUGCUGGCGCUGAGGGUUGUGAGUCUGCUGUUGCGCGGUCUCCCUGGAGUAGCCGCCUUCGUCCGCGUGUGCCUCUCACCUCCCAGCAGUUGCACGACUGGUACGGUCGCCGUCAGGGUCGCGCUUCUGGAGCUCGGGGCUCUGCCGCUGGAGGUGUUUCUGCUGUCGUCACUGGAGCUGGGAGUGGUGCUGGUCCCGGAGGUGCUCGUACUGGAGGUACUGGAGCUACUGGGGCUGGAGGUGCUGUUGAGCCUGAGGGUGCUGCUGCUGGAGACCCUGGGUCUAGGGGUGCUGCUGCUGGAGACACUGCGGCUGGAGACCCUGGGACUGGAGGUGCUGGUUCUGGGGGUGCUGCUGCUGGUGGAGCUGGUCCUGGAGGAGCUGGCGCUGAGGGUUCUGGAGCUGCUGGAGGUUCUUAG